AACUGUCAAUUAAUACUUGGACAAAAGGAAAUGUAUCAGCGUAUUUUAAAAUUGCAGAUUACCUUCAAUUUCAUAUUGCCCAAUCAGCGAAUAUCUGUAUUAUGUGUCAGCGCGAAAACUAUUCUGUUACACUGAGUCACUACCGUCAUCUAUACUUUCUGGGCCAACAGUAAACCCCCAUACAUUAACCGUGGACUGAUAACGAUGAUCAGUCAACUCGUAUGAAAUGUACAACGUCAUCAAUAUCUUGUUACGCAGGACAUCGAUAGCUGUUUCGCGUCUAGACGCGUGCGGUUCCUGUCGAUGCCUAUUAGUAUGACGGACACCUGCUUGUUCAGCGUCAUAGGAGCGUCACAGAGCAACCAGUUGCGUAACUAAUCCUUAUUUCUUACCGCGUGACCAAUGUCCGCCGUGAUAUUUUUGACAAAUUUCCUCUUAUCAAAACGCCCCUCAGCAAACACCAGUUGUAUAAACACUGUUAUCGCACAACUAAAACAACGCGGACGGGAGCGUAUAAAUGUGUAUUUUAUCCACAAUCCUUUUCAGUUUCAGUAACAAUGCCACGACAUUCGGAACAAGAUAAAUUAAAUAUUUUGAACACAGAAAAUGUGUGAAAUGAUUUGUUUGAAAAUUCGCUGAAUGUGCGAAAAUAUAUAUGCUAAAUCGCUUUCUAUACGGUCCCCUAAUCACGAAUAAAACUCUCAAUCCUGUUUGUAGGAAGUCAAACUGUAAAUACAUUUAUUGUAACAUCGUGGAAUUAUACGUGCUUAAACAAGCGACAAUAUUAAGGUGGAGGUGUUCCCAUACAUGACAUGAUGUCAUGAUACAUAUAUAGACAGAUAACGACGCUUUAUUGGAGGACACAAGGCUCGAUGCAAUCCCGACCGACCAGCCACACUCUCGCGCCACUUGCGAGCGACUGUUGUACAUUGCAACGCUGCAUGGUGAUUGACAGCUCCGUGUUACCUGACCAUGGGAAGAGUGACGUGAUUCGUUUUGAUUCAGUAGAAAACGGUGCUUGUCAACUGGUGAGAGAGCAUUAUGGCGAUGACCCACGUGGAACAUGCGAUGGCCCCUGGGGUCACGUACACGAAAUUCGGGAAAAAGAGAAAAACAGGAGUUGUAUACCUGGGUCAGCACGCUAUCCUCAAGCCUGUUCACAACUGUGUGUCAGGGCGUCGUGAAGUCGACUUCUACACCACCGUCUUCCAACAGCACAACGACGAUGUUGAUGACAUCGUGGCUCUACGGGAUUUCAUACCCCGUUUCAUGGGCGUGGAGGAAAAAGCGGAAGUGAGACAUCUGAAAUUAGAAAACACUAUGUCCCGGUUCAGGAAACCUUGCAUGAUCGACAUCAAGAUGGGCCAUGUGACGUCAGACCCCCUAGCGUGGCCAGAGAAGGUCGCACAAAGACGAUCCAAAUAUCCAUAUGCAGAGAAGUUGGGAUUCUCCCUGUCAGGCAUGACGUUGUACAACCCAGACAAGCGGGAGUUCGAGACGGUAGACAAAUACACCUGCCUCAACUUCUCUGUGGACCAAGUACUAGUAGAAGGUUUGGGCAGGUAUUUCGGGUUCCCUGACAACCCAAGAAAAGAUGUGAUCCUGUGCCUUAUCCACAAACUCCAUAGAAUCCGACGAUGGUUUCUUCGCCAGAGACAGUUCGCCUUUUAUGCAAGUUCCCUAUUAAUUGUGUAUGAAGGUCUUCAAAAUUACGACCAAGAGAUGGACAGGUCAGAGGUGCCCCCAUGUUGCCUGUCUCCCGUCCAUGGCCUUGAAAAAUGCCACAGAAGACAAUCUUCCAAAGACAUUGGUGAACAGUGCAACUGUUCCGAAGAUUUAUGUGCUCAAGUUGAUGUAGAUGCUGAACAACCAUUAGACAACUCCAGGCGACCUUAUUCGUUAAAGGGACACACAAUGGCAACACGUGAUAUACCUGACUGUGUGUUGGGUAGUUCUACGGGAUGUGACUGUUUGGAUGAUUCCGAUAGUGUGGACUGUUCGUUAGUUGAUGUACGGUUAAUAGACUUCACACAUGCAUUCCGAACAACGGAACGUGAUGACAACUACCUCAGUGGACUUCAAAUCCUGAUCAAUAUCUUGUCCGUUAUGUACCGAUGGGGAUAAACCUGUACAAUGCAGACCGAUAUAUCUUAUGGACACGUGUGGCUGUCCAGACCAGAAUGACGGAAUUAGGGUUCCACCCUGGUUUACCCGUGGAUCCCUGAUUCUUGUACUGUGUACAGCUCAGGUCUGAUGCAGGAUUUGAAAAGGGUAGGGUUUGGAAUCGGGUGUGGUGUGGCAGGGUGAUGAAUUGGACCGGGUGUGGUGGGGUGCGGGUGGCUGUGAGAACAAAGUAGAUGAAACACAGUACUGCUGUUUGAUGGUGGCGAAAAGGUAACAUACAAUUCCCAUUCUGUGGUGAUGUAUUUAAUACUGGUGUCAUCGUUGGGUACUGGAACUGGAAAACUGUUCGGUGACAGUUUUCUGCAUAGAUUACGUUUAAAGUUUAGUGGUCGAAUCUAAUCUUCAAGUGUAUUCAUUAUUUUGUGUUGUGGUUUUAGUUGACACGUAAUGUGACUGAAAAGAGAUAGUUGACCAUGUACCAAUCCCCAUCCCACCCGCCAGUGAACAUGGACCUUGCAUCCGUUCGUAAAGGAAACCUUGAAAUGUCUACAUAAAGAACAGGAAAUCAGAAA